GUGACGACUCUAUUGGCUUAACGGCGUCCUCGCCAAGGGGUUCAUGGGCGAAAGAGGCGUAGGGAAUCCAUGGACGACUUACGAAGAUAACCUCCUCAUUCAGGCAGUAGCUAUCCAUGGCGAGAACGACAAUUGGAAGGCAGUAGCGUCUUUGGUACCGGGUCGGACCAACAAAGCCUGUAGAAAGCGUUGGCUGCAUUCCCUGUCGCCUAACGUGAAGAAGACGGCCUGGACGCCAGAAGAGGACCAGCUCCUCCUUUCCCUAUACGCGACACAUGGGACCAAGUGGUCUGUCAUCGCUCGCAAUAUUCCCGGGAGGACGGAUGAUGCAUGCUCGAAACGUUACAGAGAGGCUCUGGAUCCUUCUCUGAAACGCGAUGACUGGACAGCGGAUGAGGACGCGAAACUUUCGGAUGCCUACACCAGGCUUGGAGGUAAAUGGGGCCUCAUCGGUCAGGAACUUAGCCGCAGUGGACUGGGCUGCAGGAACAGGUGGAGAAUGCUAGAGCGCAGAAGAGCUGCACAAUCUCGAGACACUGCUGCUCGAGGCGAAGCCUUGUCUACCACGGCUAGAUCCUCCCCCGCCCCGACCGAAUGGACUCCUGCGCAUGUCCAUGAACCGUCCUUCUGGGAUGGUCGGAGUCCACAAUACGUCGCCCCUUCUGCGCUCCAUCAAGGUUCACCCGCUCAUGUUCAAGAGUCGCAUGUUGCGUCGUAUUCUCCCGAACAGAUUUUAUCAGGGGCUCAUCUUGGCGGAUCGCCGUCCGACGCGCGGGAUCCGGCGUCAUUCCAGUACACUUCUUCGUCUCUCACAGCCGCCUUAUCACAUCCCAGCUCUGUUGCACCGUCGCCCAAUCCUCAUGCUUAUUACCAUUCGGAGGCAUAUUCGCCUCGACCUAGUGCUUCUGAACCAUCAGCAGUCAGGGUGCCAUCGUCCGACAACAGGGCCGGCACACACGGAUCCCACGACUACGCAUACAUAGACCAUCAGGACAACGUCACUACACAAACAUACCAUUCCGGACGCUGUCAUACGACGACCGGAGCUGCUUCGGUCGAUGAGUUCACCGGGAGCGCAUCCUCAGCGGGCCCCGUUGUCGGACCUCAAAACGUCAUUAUAUCGGAUUCGCCCGCUUCGCCCUCCCAGGCUAGCUCACCAUCUCCGCCUGGGUCUCCCAGAUCCAUUUCCGGCAACGAGCAAGUCAACUAUUCCAGCCCACCUGGGCCCUCCGAUAAUUCAGUUGUCCCAAGGUCGUAUUACCGCACGGACGCCGAGAAGGCACCAAGGACACCGCCCACACGGAAGACAAGGGAUGCCGUCGCCCCUGUUCGACUUUCUUCUUUACUGCCGGCGACAGCAGAUCCCAGUGUUCUGGCAUAUGCAUGUGGUCACCACGAUUGUUGGCCAGAAGACAUGACGAGCAGCAGGAACUCUUAUGCAACAUCCAAGGAGCUUUCCGAUCAUAGCAAGGUUGAUCACUGUGGCGAUCUCGGGGGAAGCAAACCUUUCAGGUGUGGCUUGACGGGCUGUGAGAAGAGCUGGAAGAGUAUCAACGGCCUGCAAUACCACCUACAAAUAUCGAAAUAUCACUUCCAACAGGCCCUUGCAACGCGUGCCGACACUACCUUUCAAGAAGGUUCCACUGUUGUUGCGCCCGACACGCCCACAAACGGACAACAUGCGCGACAAGGAGAUAUUUCGAUGUCUGAUGCAGAUGAACGUUCCCGGACGCUUCCCCAGACCGCCACGAAAGCCCCGGUUAUCUCCCAAACGCCUACAGCGCUCAUGGAGUCUCCAGAGAAGACAGGGUCUUCGUCCGCCUUCACAUCGCAGAAGCCGAAGCGUAAGCUCCAUCCGUGCCCUCACCCUGGAUGUAGCAAGCAGUACAAACAACUCAGCGGACUGCGUUAUCACCUCAGCCAUGGCCAUGUGGACGCGCUACCCCUCCAGCUCGAAGUCGUUCCACCGACGCUCGCCCGUAUGGUAGCGGAGAAGGAGUGUUCGCGGGGUUAGACAAAGUGACAGCUAUUCGUGGUCAACAUGGUCGUUCAUUAACUGACCAGCGCUGUAGCAGUGCUGAAUUCACGAGUCGCUACGGCGUCGAUGACUGUGCGGGAGUGGGCGGAAGAUGACGUUGUGUUGAUUUGGUUUUUC